GGUGAAAAUAUUGUUGCAAUUCCCGGUACCAGAAAAGUAAAAUACUUGGAAGGAAAUAUUCAUUCGGAAAAUAUUAAGUUAACUGUCGAAGAGUUAUCUGAAAUUCGAAAAAUUAUUGAUUCAAUUGAGGUUGCCGGAACUCGGUAUCAUGAAUCCGCAUUAAAG